AUCCGGAGAGUCUAUCAGGUCUUCAGCGGUCUUCGACAAGCUACAACAGCACCUUUUUUCCUACAAAGAGAGGAUCACAAGUCUCUGGUGGAAAAAUCAAAUCAGCUACAAGAAGAUGUCGAUAUUUUACGUUCUCCUUUCAGUCGUGUUGAUGUUGCAAGUCAGCCGUGCUUGUGAUAAGUCAAACGAGGAAGAGCAACUAGCGGCCGCUAGACAACAAUCCGACGAGUACUUCGCCAACGCUUAUGGAUUUAAUUCUAACAAUCCUUGGAGUUCUCCUUACUACCAGCCGAGUGCCCGUGUUCCAGGUUACCUAAACCAAUAUGAAGGACGAACUCCUCUUAAUCGGCAACCCAACUACAACCCAUUCAAGAAAUACUUCACCAGCAGUAAUGUCGAUGAAGAGAAUAACCAGCCAGAAAGCCGUUUUGCCCUCGGUGGAUUGGGUGCCAAUUUGAUCAACACUGGUCUCUUCAACAACCGAUUUACCCCGGCAAACACAUGGAGACCCUUCUCUAAUUUAGCAAAUCGAAUUCCCGUCUCCGUGAAUCCCGAUUUCAGUGGUCCAUUAGCCAACUUCGACGCUUGCACAUCCCCCAGCGGAGACUCCGGAAUCUGUGCUCCAGGAUCGGUUUGUUCCCUGUUUGGUGGUCGUCCUAGCGGUUCCUGCAUCCUUGGAAAAGUCUGUUGCAUCAAUGCGAUCACGACUUGUGGUGGAACCGUCACCUUAAACAACACGUACUGGCAAUCGCCGUCAACAGCUGUAAGUUCGCCUUCUACUUGCGCAUUAACUAUCCGGAUGGACACUAAACUCGUCGAACAAUUGGCGAAACCCAUUUGCCAAAUUCGAUUGGAUUUUGUCUCAUUCACGAUUGAUCAACCAUCAGCAACAACAUUCGGAACUUGCACGGACACUUUCCAAGUCGGCGGAUCUACUUCCGUUGUGCCAACUAUUUGUGGUGACAACACUGGGCAGCACAUGUAUCUUGAUGUCCCUUCGUCGGGAAUUACCCCGAGCGACGUACAGCUGCUGUUCAAUUUUGCAGCUGGAACAGCCACUCGCUCGUGGAACAUCAAAAUCGCCCUGCUUCCUUGUGGCGCGUCUUACCUCGCUCCCGCGGAGUGUCUCCAAUACUUCACCGCUGCCACGGGAAGAGUCAAGUCGUUUAACUGGAAGGACGCUGCAGGCCCCCGUCAACUCAACAAUCAAAACUACAACAUUUGUUUCAGGACUGAGCUCGUUUCAGGAUCGAGAGCGAACCAAAUGUGCGUGUCGGCUUGUACGACGACCACGGCUGGUGUUGCCUUCUUCUUAACUGGUCCCACCUUAGGAUCAAACAUUGCUACGACUGGUAUUGCUCCUCCUGUCGCUGGUGUUGUUAUCCCUGGAUGCUUUUACGAUUAUCUUGGUUUUCCUGGAGGACAAGUUCAAGCAUUUCCCUUCACUGCCUCGGAUCGUUAUUGUGGCAGUGCUCUGGGUCUGAGUGUUGCGGGUGGAGCUACAGUGUGCAGCAAAGUUAAACCAUUUAAGAUGACGUACGGAACUGAUGGUUUAGAGCCGACAGUACCGGUGAUUGUUGCAGUGCCUCCUAAUCCCCCUGGUGUAGGUGAAGUUGCUGCGACUGCCGCAGUUCCUGUUUCUUACGUUGUUGAUACAGCCAACACUGGUUUCUGCCUUGAUUACCAGGAGAAAUAGAGAAACAGCAAUGACGUGUCUUAGUGCUAAGCCGGUGAUGGAUUUUAUUAGAAGUUUAUAUCAUUUCCUCGGGCACUUUAACUUGGUUGGUAAAAGUUGCGUUUUUCGUCAAACUGUUUUAUUUUUCAUAUAAUUUCCCUCGUUUCCUCUAUUAUCUUGAUAAAGAAAUUGCAUAAGAAAUAGAAAAAAUAAUUUCAAGUGAAGAGAAAUUACCUGGAUCGGAUUAUUAAUCAUUUCAGCCUCUGCUAUUAUUUUACCACGGUUGCUAUUCAGUAAAAGAAGGCAGAAUCACGUAAAAUACACUUAUUAGACAUCCCACACCAAUAAAUAAUUAUAGAUCCGUUAAUGUACUACGUCAACUGAAUAUUGAUUUUUUAUGUUUCCUAUGCUGAUGCACACGAAACCAAAAGUAUUCGGCAAGAAUUUAUCAAAAAUGAUUCCCUCUUAAAAUCCCUGAUUCUUCCGAUCAAAAUAUUAAUAAAGUUGAACGAGUUAUUUGGGAUAUUUGAAUAAACAGCAUAUUAUACCACUUGAA